AUGGUAAUAGAAUCCCCCGCCCCCCACGACACCGAACAGGGUUCUGGUGAAGGAGAGGAGGAGAGUUCUGGUGAAGAGGAGGAGGAGGAGGGUUCUACUGAGGAGAAGGAAGAGGAGGAGGAAGAGGAGGACAGGGAUGCACAAGCGGAUCAAGGUGAGGAAGAUGAUGAUGAUGACAUAUUCUUUCCUGGGGGGCCUUAUGACAAUACCUUGCUGAAGAGCUUCAAGCAACAUAUAUCACUCGAAGUGUGGAAGCGUUACAAGAAACCUGCUGAAGUGCUUGAUAGGGGUGUCUUGAAAAUCUACCACCAUGGGAAUGCUAUGCUUGGGAAUGAUAAGGUGAAGCAUAAGGAUGUGUUAAAAUGCUUUUCGACUUAUGUAAAGGGAAGGGUUGUGGCUGCUGGUCUAUUGCCUUUAUUGACAUGCAACCUUCCCUCUGUUGACAAGACCAUGCUAAUAGCGUUUGUGGAGAGAUGGCAGCCGGAGACAUCCUCUUUCCACAUGCCAUUUGGGGAGAUGACCAUCACACUGGAUGACGUUAGUUGUUUGCUACACAUUCCUGUGAAGGACAAAUUCUUCACUCUCACAUCCCUGACUCGUGAGGAAGCAGCCACUGUAUUGCAUAAACAACUUGGUGUUACACAAGCAGCUGCUGAAGAGGAGAUUUGGAAGUCAUUAGGACCUUAUGCUCGUUAUACAUGGUUGUUGAAGGUGGCUGAGGACAUGGCUAAGGAAGGGAAGACCAAGAAAGCUGCUAGAGCCUUCUUGCUGCGUUUGGUGGGGAUGACGAUCUUCUGUGGGAAGACAAACAACAAGGUGGAUGUUGCAUAUUUGGGGAUGUUCAUGGACUUGGAAAAGGUUGAGGAGUAUGCAUGGGGCGCCAUGGCAUUGGCUUUCCUUUAUGACCAGCUGAAGGACGCCACCAAGCACUUCCCUGCUUCAUUGUUUGAUAGAAACCUGAACAGGAAAUACAGUGAGAAAGACCCGCGAGCUUGCAAAUGGGUCACCAAGAAGGGGACUGUGGACCUGCAUGCGAAGAGGCUAAUCCUAGAUGACCUUAGGGAUAACAAUGUUAUAUGGACUCCAUAUGACGGGCAAAGAAUGGAUUGGCCCUUUCAGCAGGAGUGUCUUUAUAGUGGGUGGAUUCGGCAUUCAGUCAUCAUCCGGCCAUAUCUGCCAAAGUGUGUGUUGAGGCAGUUCCAUAUGCUCCAGGAUCAACCCAAUUUACCACCGGCAAACAUGCCACCUGUUGAGCAUAUUGAUGAGAGGUUUGAGAACAUGGUUCAUUGCGUGGCUGCACAACAUACUGACACUCCAACGACAACGCCUCACUACUUCGAGUGGUACAAGUCAAUCUCACACCGCUUUGUGGUCCCUCCUGAAACAAGAGGUCCUGUGGCAGUAACUCUUGUGGAUGUUCUCGAACAAUUACGGGAGUUGAGUGAUAUCACAGUUGACCCCAGUGAGACCCCUCAGCGGAUCCUCGAGGCAAACCAGCGUAUGCGGGAUAUCAUAAUGCAGCACCUGGAGUAUGGAGGUGAUGAUGAUGACAGUGGCAGUGGCAAUGGAGUUGCACCUCAUGGUGGUGGUGGCCCUGACAGAAAGAAGAAAGGAAAAGCAUCUACCUUGAAGACUAGUUAG